AAAGCCCUAGCUAACUCCUUCUUUGUGCCCUGCCCUAACUUCUCCUUCGAAAGCCCCAAUGGCAACCACCAAUCUCCGUUGUGCCUCACCGCUGCCCCCUUCGAAAGCCCUAGCUAACCCUUCUUCAUUGUGCUCGCCUUAACCCUUCUUCAAAAGCCCUAACCCCUGCCCUCACCGCGACGACAACACUCCAACGAAGUACCACUCGGACGACAAUCUGUGAAGAACGACGAAGCCCUCCCUUCCGCGCUGUCGCUCGCUUCCUGCUUCUUCGCUUCCGUGAAGAACGACGAAGCCCUCCUUUCCGCGUUGCCACUCGCUUUCUGGCAGCCACCUCGUCUUCCUCCACUCCUCCCUCCACUCUGCCACUCUCUGUCUGCAUCAUCAAGAAUGGAGCCUCUGACUUAGCUUUACGCGUAUCAAUAUAAUAUGGGGCUUCUCUUGAUUGAGAAAAAAGAGUGGAGCUCUAACUAUAAUGAGCUGAAUCAAGAUUUGGCAGAAGUGAAGGAUGCUCUUGAAAGAGAAAAAUCUGCUCAUUUAAUUGCCAUCUUUGAGGCAAAGAAGCGGGAAGAGCAUCUGAGGAAGGCCUUGGGUGUUGAGAAAGAAUGUGUGCUUGAUCUAGAGAAGGUUGUGCGAGAAAUGCGCUCAGAGCACACAAAUAUUAAAUUUUCUGCAGAGUCAAAGUUGGCGGAAGCAAAUGCAUUGGUUGCUAGCAUUGAAGAGAAAUCUUUAGAAGUGGAAGGGAAGUUGCGCUCUACUGAUGCCAAACUUGCAGAAAUAAGCAGAAAGAGUUAAGAGAUUGACAGAAAAUCACACGAUCUUGAGUCUCAAGAAGCUUUGCUUCGAAGGGAUCGCUUAUCUCUGAUUGCAGAGCAAGAAGCACAUGAGAGUACUUUAUCAAAGCAGAGAGAGGACUUGCGAGAAUGGGAAAAGAAAUUGCAGGAGGGGGAAGAGAGGCUAGCCAAAGGUCAAUAGAUUUAAAAAUAUGUCAUCCUCCUUUGGUAUUUCAGUUCUCUAGCCAUAAUUCCCCAUUGUGCUCAAUAGAUUUAAAUGUAUAGGAAUGUGUUCAAGACGAGCAUAUUGGGAAGCAGUGUGAUAGUGUUGACGGAGGUGGAGGUGAACAAGGUGGUUCUGAUGAACCAAGGGAACAUGUUCAUCCCUGCUGAGAUCUAAGAAGCUGGGUUUAGGAACUGCUUAUAUUCAUGGCAUGCAUGCAUCUCGAAAUUUUGUUGUCAUCAUGGAUGCUGAUCUGUCGUACCAUCCAAAAUAUUUGCCAAAAUUCAUUAGCAAGCAAAUGGAAGCUAGAGCAGAUAUAAUUACUGGUACUCGUUAUGUUAAAGGUGGUGGUGUGCAUGGAUGGAAUCUUAUGCGCAAACUAACAAGCAGGGGAGCAAAUGUUCUUGCUCAAACAUUUUUAUGGCCUGGUGUCUCAGAUUUGACAAGAUCAUUUAGACUUUAUAGGAAGUCUAUGCUUGAAGACAUCAUUAGUUGCUGCAUUAGUAAGGGAUAUGUCUUUCAAAUGGAGAUGAUAGUCAGAGCAUCCAGAAAAGGAUAUCAUAUUAAAGAGAACCAACCUUGUCCCAACCGAACCUUUAAUCACUUAUACCCAAAACCUUGUGCUGAGGAAUCAGAAUCAGAAUCACCCCUUCCGAGACACCCCAGACCAUGGACCCCAGAGGGUAUCAAUUAGAAGUAUUUGAAGUUGCAAAGAAGAGGAAUACAAUAGCAGUGUUGGAUACAGGUGCUGGUAAGACCUUAAUAGCUGUGUUGGUUAUGAAGAACAUUGGUCAAGCUAUCAGGUCUAGUAUGUGCUUUGUUUUGAGGCAAUUAGUGAACUUAUUGGUGCUAGUUCCAACGGUAGUUGUGCCUUUUAUUUGGUCACCUUGUGAAAUUUUCCUUAACCUACAAAAUUAGAUAGGUCUUGGUCUUCAGUAGCUAUCCAUGAGAUUUAGAACGAUGUUGAACACAUAAACAACUCAUAAAAGAGAAAAUUUUCUAAUAGCAUUGAAUUUUCUGGACCUUGGAAUUCUUCUCAGCAUUAGCUUUAUUAUUUUCUAUUAAUCGUACUCUUUUUUUGUGAGUUAUAUUAUUUGCUUAUCACUAGGCAUAAACAUUGCCGGCAGUUCAAUACAGCAAAGUAAAGCAUUUAAUGAUUAGUUAAACCUAUGAUGCUACAAAAUUUCACAUUUAAUCUACAUAUGAAACUUCUCUCAUGUUGGCAACUUGAGGUUCAGGUUAGGUUCUGCAGUCAUUGUUUCGUUUUUCAUUAAUUUGUGAGUUAUUAAUAUAUCUAGAUGCUGUUCAUGAUUUCUUGUAUAGUAAAAAAAACUUGAUUAGAGUUUUGAAUAGAGUAGUAACUCUUAAAUAACAAGAGAAUAAUGUAAUUUUACAUUGUAUGUGAGUUUGAAUGGUUCUGGAGCUGUGGCUUCAUCAGUUCCCAGUUCAUCAGCUUUCUUCGGAAGCAUCUUGAAGAAGGUUAUAUCAAGAAUCCCCAGCAGCAGCAAGGUUUCCUCCGGAAGCUUCAAGAUUGUGGAGAUCGAUGAGGACAAGCAGACAGAUAAGGACAGAUGGAAAGGGUUGGCCUAUGAUAUCUCAGAUGACCAGCAAGACAUCACAAGAGGGAAGGGUAUUUUGUAGCUUUUAAUGUGUAUUUUGUAGUUUUUAAAGGUAGAAGAUAAUGUAAUAGUUGUUGGAAUUAUAAUGCAUGUAUUACAAAUUCAUGGGUAGUUGUUAUCAUUUCGAUUUUUUGUUAGAGCUUGUCAUGUGAUCAACCACUAUAUUUGGUGUACAAG